AUGUACGAGCUCCAGUUCGCCGUCCCAAUGUCCGGGGCGGUCUUGAACAACAUCAACACGCGCCUAGCCGCCAGAACCAUCUCCGUGAUCCUCCAGCACAGCGAGUCAAAGCUCGUGUUCGUUGACUUUUAUCUCAAGUCAUUGUUCUUGGAAGCCAUUUCCGGUUUGCCUAAAGGCUUGAGUACUACUCCGAUGCUUAUCUUGAUAUCUCCCGAAUCCGAUGAUGCAGCUGAUAGAAACUCCGGUUCCUCCGGGCCUAUGGCGGCUUUGAUGAUACUUAUGAGGCCAGUUUAUCUAUGGAUGGUUCCGAUGUUUCACACAAACGGUUGGAGCUACAGUUGGGGGAUGUCGGCGGUCGGAGGGACCAACAUUUGCUUAAGGAGAUUCGAUGCCGGAGUCAUUUUUAAGCUCAUCGGUUUACACAAUGUCACCCACAUGUGCGGCACUUCGAUUGUGCUAAACAUGUUAGCCAAUUCUCCCCUCGCAAAGCCGUUGAAAAACCCAGUACAUUUCAUGACCUCCGGCACUCCGCCGCUGGCGACGGUGAUUCUCCGGACGGAGUCAUUGGGCUUUGUUGUCAGUCGUGGAUAUGGGCUGACGGAGGUUGCCGGCGUGGUGGUUUCUUGUGCGUGGAAGCCGGAAUGGAAUUCACUUCCGGCGAGUGAUCAGGCUAAGUUGAAAGCAAGGCAAGGUGUGAGGACCUUAGGGUUGAUGGAAGUCAACGUGGUUGAACCAGAAACGGGUCUUGGAGUGAAGAGAGACGGGUCAACGAUGGGUGAAAUCGUUGGUGGAUCCGUGAUGUUGGGUUACCUUAAAAAUCCCAAGGCAACGUCGAAAUGUAUGAUAAACGGUUGGUUCUACACUGGAGAUGUCGGCGUAAUGCACCCGGACGGUUACUUGGAAAUUAAGGACCGGUCUAAGGAUAUUAUAAUUAGUGGUGGGGAGAAUGUGAGUAGCAUGGAAGUGGAGUCGGUGUUGUACAUGAAUCCGGCGGUUAAUGAGGCGGCGGCGGUGGCCCGGCCGGAUGAUUAUUGGGGUGAAACACCGUGUGCGUUUGUGAGCUUGAAGGAAAAAGGGUUGACGGGGAGGCCGACGGAGAGGGAUAUUAUUGAGUUUUGUAGGGCCAGGUUGCCGCAUUAUACGGUCCCUAAGACCGUGGUUUUCAUGGAGGAGCUCCCUAAGACCGCCACCGGAAAAAUUGAGAAGUUGAGUCUCAGGAACAUUGCUAGCAAAUUGGGUUUCAAAGACGGAUGUAGUUAA